UAUUCAUGAUCCGUAGGUAGUUACGAAGGUGUUCUGUGGAUGUUUGUCUGUGAUUUAGACUGUCAUAUGUGGUCAGUUUCUCAAGUGUACACGUGGAUUGAAGUUGUUGGAAGGUGAACAGAUGGAAACAGUUGGGUAUAUGUGUAUUUGUUAGUACGAAUAUAUAUUUGCUUGACAAAAGAAUGUGUUUAAGGUGUUGGACGUUGAAAGGAACCAUUGUAACUUCAAUGAUGAAUGUUUUUAGUGUCUCAGUUCUGCUGUUAGUGAUAGUUGCUGUGAAUGGACAACAAAGAGUUGCACCUGGUGUUCCUCCACAACAGUAUACGGGACAGACUCAGGGUCAGCCUCAAGGAGUACAACAGCAUCAAGUCCCAGUCCAACAUCAAGUCCCAGUCCAGCAUCAAGUCCCAAUCCAGCAUCAACAAGCUCAGCAGAUUCCAGUUCAACAGCAACAACAAAUUCCUGUGCAACAAGUUCAUCAUGGACACCAACUACCACAGCAAGGACAGAUUCUCAACGCAGCCAAUAUCGCACAUGAAAAACAGCACAUCCAGGAGCACAUGGAAGUUCCUAUUGAUACAAGCAAGAUGUCAGAGCAAGAACUCCAGUUCCAUUACUUUAAAAUGCAUGAUGCUGACAAUAAUAACAAGCUGGAUGGCUGUGAACUCAUUAAAUCAUUGAUACAUUGGCAUGAACAGGGUCACCAUGAUGCUAAUAACCCUGCACCAACUGGAGAGAAAAUCUUCAAGGAUGAUGAACUGGUGCAACUUAUUGACCCUAUUCUCAACAUGGAUGAUGGAAACAAGGAUGGCUUCAUUGAUUACCCUGAAUUUGUGCAGGCUCAACAGAAAGCCGGAGGAGGCGGACGACGAACGUCGUGAAAACACUUUGCAGAUAGUAAUGUGGUAUAAAUUGGCCAUGAUGCCUGUGUUUUGGAUUCUUCUAUACCCACAUUUUAGGUUAAUCAGAAUUUUGGAAGACAUGAGUCCUUCUGCAACCAAAAGUAUGGUUCAGUAAUGAAUGUUACAUAUAAUAAAACUUUUAGAAUAUUGAACUAAAAGGACAUGUUUAUUUGCUGUGCAAAUGAUAUUUUGGCAAUAGUAACCUAUAAUAAUUCAUGUAUCCGUCCAGAUAGCCUUUCUAAGGCACUACCAGAUAAAAUUAAGGUUUUAAACUCCAUACACUAAAAUCUUAAAUUCGUGCCCAGAAAAGUUGAAAACUAGUAAAAUGCCUUUGGUUGAAAUCUCUUAGCAUUUUUCUUUGUAGUUCGGUUUUCCUGAAUGGUAUGCAAAAAAAUGGAAAAUGAACAAAAAUAGUUUUCAUCAGCCUAUUUUGGAAAGGUAUGUUAAUUGUUGAAUCUCCAGUUAUGUUGACAGGGUGUUUAAAAAUAUUCACAAGAAACAUCCUCUAAAUUGGGUAUGAGGUACAAUUACUAUAAAUGUUUAAAUUCUGCUGUUGUGUCUCUCAAAAAAAGAGUAGGAGUUUUCAAAAUGUUUGACAUUGUGAUUAUAAGAAAUCGAUAGAUUCAUGUUUCAUGUUUGUUUCACUCUGGGGAAGAAAAUGUUGGUAUAGAGUAACCAAAAGUGUCAGAAAUCUGAAACAUUAGAACAGUGGCAUUUUGUAUUGAUGGGAAUGACAGUAAAUAUGUUCUUUUAAAUCACUUUCUUCUGAGCACAUAUUUUUACAAGUAAAUAAGUAUAUUUGGUUUUAGAAAGGUAUUAUCUUCUGCCAGAUCCAGGAGCUUUCCUUUAGUGGAUAACAGUAGACAAUAACAUAUACACUCAAAAAGCCCAUUAGUAAUUACAGCAUGAGCAAGUUUGGCACUCUGAAUGUCAGGACUGGCAGAGCUCCACUGCAUGCUGUUUUAUGAAGCUUAAGUUUUCACGUAGUUCUCUUGUGGAAGCAGCUUGUUUGAUUUCAUUCUGCAUCAGAGAACAUUAAUAUUGCAUGCAAACUAUGACAUGAGUGUUAUCUUUUAAAUAUGUGUUGUAAGAAAGCAAUUUUAUUGAAAUUAAGAUCUUCUGUAUCUGAAUGCUUCCCGUAAAUAAAAUUGUCUCUCUAAGGCUCUAAGUAUCAAUAACGAAAACAAGGCCUUAACUUUUUUAUAAAUUAUAAUGUAUUUAUGUUACUUUAACAUGUUACCUAUAUGUGAUAAAUAUGUUACGUUCAUAGCACAAAAUCAAGCCAGUGUUUGUGAUGACCAUUAUCAGUAUCAGCUACAUAUAUUGGCUGAUGCUCUAAAUAAAUAUUGUUAUUUAGAAU